AAAAAUAUUCUAUUAAGAAAAAAAUAUUCAUGCUUACUAUGGACAACACUACUACAAAUAAAGUCGUAAGUCAGUUACUCCAAAAUAGACUACAAAAUAGAGAUUUAAUAUCAAUAGAUCCAUGCUUAGAUGAUGAAGAACUUGUAAUCCUUAGUUCCUUCUGUCAGCUUCUCAGACAAUUUGAAAAUGCUACAUUAGCCCUUUCUGAGAAAAUAUUGAACUCAAUCUCUAAUACAGUAAUUGUUAUUUUAGAUAUUAAAAAAAAUAUUUCAUAUGAAACAAAAUAUUCAACCACUGUUGAAGCUGAUGAAAUUUCUGAAGCUAUUGAAACUGUUGAAAUUAACUCUAUUUCUGCAGAUAGUUUCUUAUUCCUAGAAGAAAAAUGUCAAAUAAGUGAAAACAUCUGA